UAUUAAAGAAGGAAGAUGAUUCUUUCUCUUCAACGCAAGUUUAAAGUUUAAACAGCCACCAUACUAAAGUGAAAGCAGCGUCGUUCCGUCGUCCUGGUCUUUUGAUACGAGAGAGCCAUAGCCAGCAAAAUCUCAAUUUUACAAAAUCCAAAAACUUCACUCAGUCGUUCCAUCAAACACCUUAUGGGCAGAGGCAAAAGAAAAAGAAAACCCCAUAACCAAAACCCCAUCAAAAAACAUCUCACCGCACCAACGAGACCAACUCCAAACCCUAAAUCACCACCACCAAUCUCCAAUCCAGACCCUAAAAAAUCCCCCACCUUCCCAUCAUAUCUAGAAACCCCUAAUCUCUCCCCAAAAAUCAAACUCCUCUGCGAAAUCAUCGCCCGAACCCCCUCAUCCACAGUUGAAUCCGUCCUAGACGACACGGGCAUUUAUGUCUCUCAAUCCGAAGUUGAACAGGUCCUUAAACUCUCCUACUCGUUCCCCGGUCCGGCUGUUAAGUUCUUCCGUUGGUCCGGUUUUCGGCUCAACGAUAAUCACAGCCCGUAUUCAUGGAACCUUGUUGUUGAUCUUUUAGGUAAGAAUUGUUUAUUUGAUGCAAUGUGGGAUGCAAUUAAGUCUAUGAGAACAAAAGGGUUAGUUUCCUUAGCUACAUUUGCUUCUGUUUUUGGUAGUUAUGUUAUUGCUGCUCGAGUUAAGAGUGCUAUCAUGGCUUUUGAAGUUAUGAAUCAAUACAGUGUUGUCCGCAAUGUUGCGGCUUUGAAUUCGUUGUUAAGUGCUAUUUGUCGAGAUGGGAAGACUGUUGAUGCUAUGGAUUUUUUUGCUGUGGCUAAGCAUUCAAUUCCGCCUGAUGCUGAUACGUAUGCGAUUUUGUUGGAAGGGUGGGAGAAAGAAAUGAAUGCUGUUAGUUCUAGACAGACUUUUAAUGAAAUGGUUAGGAGUAUUGGUUGGGAUCCUGUUAAUGUUCCUGCUUAUGAUACUUUUUUGUGUACUUUGAUUACGAGUUAUAAUAAUGGGUUAAAGGAGGCAAUUGAGUUCUUGGAGAUGAUGCAAGAGAGGAGGUGUUAUCCAGGUGUGAAAUUUUUUAGGCUUGCAAUGGAAGAGUGUUUGAAGGUUAAUGACGUUAGAGCGGCACGGAAGAUUUGGGAGGCAGUGGUGGGGAGGAAUGGGUUUAAACCUGAUGUUGACAUGUAUAAUUUGAUGAUUUCGUUGUACUGUUAUAGUAGUAAUAUUGAUGCGGCAGAACGUUUUUUUGACGAUAUGGUUUAUAAUGGGGUGUUUCCUGAUAGACAAACAUAUAAUGUUUUGUUCCAGUUCUUAAUUAAGAGUAGGAAGUUAAAGGAGGCAUCGGUAUUGUAUAAUGAGAUGAUUAAAAAUGAAUAUAUUCCUAACCAAGUAAAUUGCAGUGCUGCAGUUAGGGUGUUUAUGCACUCGAAAGACCCUUAUAUGGCUAUUAAAGUUUGGAAAUGCAUGAUAGAGAAUUAUGGGUCGGACUUGGAGGAGACUGCGAAUUUGCUGAUUGUUGAGCUUUGUGACCUCUGCAUGGAUCCUGAAGCAUUAAAAUAUGCUGAUGGUAUGAUUGAGAAAGGAAUUAAUCUGAGCUCUUCCUCCAUGACGAAAUUGAAAAUUUGCCUGAAGCAUGCAAGAAAGGAAUUUGCGUAUGAGGAACUUUUUAGAAAGUGGAAAACUCCUUAGGUGAUACGCAGAUUUGUUAUUUUUCAUGCGCGCUAACCUUUCAUUUAGGAUGGAUCGAUCUAAAUGCUUCAAUGCUACAUCCUGUUCCUAAAAGGAUUCUCGUAUGUAAAUGAGUCGCACCAGAAACAAACGAUGAUGUGUUAUCGUGGAGAAGUUCAGCUUUCUUUGAAGACAAUCUACUGUGAAACUUCUCUGUUUUGUCAUUUCUCCUAAUCCUUGCACCAAAAUUGAUUCUCCAACUGUGUAUAGUUCUGUUUAUCAUAUCUCAUUAUCUUGUUUGCUUCAUUUUCCCUUGCUUAUACUUAAUCCCUAAUUUAAAGAUUUAAGUCUCCUCGCCAAUUUGUACAUGUACGAUGUCGGAUGUAGUACUUUACUUUUGUGCAGAGGUUAAGACUGUAAUUUAUUGGUCA